UAUGUUGAUUUGAUAUUAUAAAGAUGAAAUCAAGAAACGGGGACAUUUACGGUUUAUUGUGACGCAUUUAUUCAUAUUUAAACAUAUUUAAACUGAUGUCCGUGAUGUCAUUAGCUACCAACAGUCUACCGUAAUAACUGUAGCCCGCGUGCCCCCGCGCUUCCUAUCUGGCUACCGUAAUAACCAUUGUUCUAUUCUGCGCGCAGCAUUUUUUCCUCAUUCAUAAAACGCUGUCACCGGGGACACUGUGGGUAACUUCAGCCGGGGGACAGGUCAUCCAAACCGGGGACUGUCCCCAGAGACCGGGGACGUCUGGUCCCCCUAAUUUAACGUCUCCGUUCUGUUUAACACGCGGCGCAGCUCGCACCGGACUUCAGUUUGUCCAGAAAAAUUCCCAGCGACCAAUGAGAGACGUCGCUGUCUGAAAGGGAAGUGACGUAAUACCAAUGUUGGCCAAUCAGCGACCCUGAUACAAAGAGUGGGCGGAAGACCCGCCCUCCUGCCCGUCGAACCGGAGCGCGCCUGGAGAAGAAGCGUGCGAACCCGUCCGAGCUCCGCGGUCCCGCAACAGCAGCAGCAACAUGGACAUGGAGCUGUUCAUGGAGUGUGAGGAGGAGGAGCUGGAGCCAUGGCAACGGGUGGACGACGGCGUGGAGGAGGACGACAUCGACUUCAUGGACAGCUACGGAGAGCCAGUGGAGGACUCACCGUCUCCUCCCCCUGCACCUGAGACUCCGCCCCCCAGGACGCCCUCGCCUGUCCCACCUGUCCCACCUGCUCCAACAGUUUCAUCACAUGUCCAAAUCGUCUCCUCCUCUGUGGCUCCUCCUCCUCGAGGCCCUGCUGCCUCCUCGCUCCCUGCCCCGGCCCCGCCCCUUAUGGCUCAGGCUCCACCCAUCAUCCUGACACAGACGGCAGGUGGAGCUUUCCUCCUCCCAGCAGCCCCCGGGACAGGAAACGCCCGGCCCAUCCUCCUCACCACACAGGGUUUCCCGGUGCAGACGAUGAUGAACCGUGGGACUCCUCUGCUGCUGAACCUGCAGCCGGGUCAGACGGUCCAGCCCCUCACCCUGAUCCAGUCUCCGUCUCUGGGUCAGCUGGUUCGUCCCAGUGUGGGUGUGUCCCCUGUCCUCCCCCAGGGACAGGCCGUCCAGACGAGGCCGACCUCUGUCUCCUCAGGCCACGCCCAGCCAGGCUCCGCCUUCACCGCCAUGCAGCUCCCUGCCACGCUGACCAUCCGCACCAGCACCCCAGGACCCGUGAACCUCCAGAUGACCCAGCUGAGUGGGACCAGCCCCCUGAAACUCGCCGUGGCCCCCGCCCUCCCGUCCGGUUCGGCCAACGGCGUCUCCAGGUUCACUCCGAUCCGCAGCGUCUGGUCCUCGGCUCCUGGUCCUGGUCCUGGUCCUGGUCCUGGUCCCGGUCCUGGUCCUGGUCCCGGCCCCACGGCCCCCUUGGUGAUCUCUGCCCUGACCCCUGACCCCUCCAGGGUGGUGAUGAGUGUGGAGGAGUUCUACUACGGCACGUUUCAGGGAGACCUGAGUCUCAGGAAGCCCCCCCCCCUGGGAAUCAAAACCUCCACCUUCACCUGUUCCAUCUGCCCCCACCUGGCCGAGAACAACCUGAGGAUGAUGCAACACAUGCUGAGACACUCUGAGAUCACCAGUGGAGGAGCUGAGGACAGGAAGUGCUGCAGGUUCUGUUACAGACAGUUCUCAUCUCCAGCUCAGCUCCAGAGUCACCAGGACCUGGUCCACGGCUCCACCCUGUCCCCUGCUCUAUGUCGUAUUUGUGAGUGGGCGUUUGAGAACGAGCCGGCCUUCUUAAACCACAUGAAGUCAAACCAUAAACCAGGAGAGAUGCCCUACGUCUGCCAGGUGUGCUCGUAUCGCUCGUCCUUCUACUCCGACGUCAUUCAGCACUUCACCAGCUUCCACAGAGACUCUCGCUUCCUGCUCUGUGUUUUCUGUCUGAAAGUGACCCGACACCCGGCCACCUACCAGCAGCACCUGCUCCGCCACCAGGUGAACCAGGCCUUCCACUGCAACAGGUGUCGUCUUCAGUUCGUCUUCUUCAAGGACAAAAUGCAGCAUAAACUAGAAAACCACCGGAGCUUCCGCCGCCCCCCCAGACUCGAGGGUCUGCCUCCAGGGUCCAAGGUGACCAUCAGGACCUAUGGCAAGAGCCGGCCUCUGGUGACAUCAGCAGGAAGCCCCGCCUUCCUUGUCCAGCCACUCACCAUCAAGACAGAGCUCAAGACAUGUCCCCUCCAGAAAGACACCAUGUCCACCAAAUCAUCACGAUCCCCGACCAAGAGACAACCCAGAGGAUACAACAGGAGCUGGUCUAGCGACCGGUUGUUGUGUCUUGAAUGUGGAACCGAAGCCUCUGACUUCUCGUCCCACUACCCGACCUACGUCCACUGUCUCCUGUGUCCCUACAGCAGCUGCUGCUCCAGAGCCUACGCCACGCACAUGAUCCAACACCACGUGUCCCGGUCUGAGGACAGACGUGUCCCUCUGCACAGACGUCCUCCUCCAUGUCCGUUCCUGCUGCGAUGUUCUCAGUGCGACUUCAGGCCUCUGACGGCCGACCACAUGGCCGCCCACCUGCUGCUCCACCCAGAGCACCACAGCGCCACCUGCUGGCCCCGGACUUUUGUUGAUCCUGACAUCCAGUUCUGCUACAGCAGAGACCAGGAACUUGACCACAGCAAGGACUUUCCUGACCCGUCCUGGAGGUUGGCAGGUAGUUGGAAAGCGCCGGCAGAAAGCCAAGAGGCCUCUAUCUCCCCCUUCACUGAGACCAGCGGACCUCUUCAUUACCUGUCUAGGAACAGCGACGCCAUCGACUUCUUUAACCUGGUCUUUCCGACAGAACUUAUCAAGCUGAUCACAGACGAAACCAACGCUCACGCCAAGACCUCCCGAUUCCUGGGCUCCAGCUGCCCAGACUGGGUCCCCGUCACCACCCACGAGAUCAGAGGUUUUAUGGGCCUGGUGAUUCUGAUGGGGAUCCAGAAUCUGCCCGACCUGCAGCACUACUGGUCAUGGAGUCACUACGACAACAGCUACACCUUUUACCGAGCCAUGAGCUUCAAGCGCUUCAAGCAGAUCGCUGCCAACAUCCGCAUGGGCAGCUUCAUCACAGAUGAGUACCGUGGCACCAGCGAUGCCAGUGACCCUCUCCACAUCUUCAGGCCCAUGUUGGACAUCCUGGGCAGGGCCAUGUGGGAUGCCUAUCGGCCUAACUGCUACCUCACUAUCGACCGGGCGCUGCUGCCCAGCCUGGAGGAGGGGAACCCGAAGACCCAGCCUCAGGUGUGGCUGCUCUGUGACUCCAAGUCUGGGUACUGCCACCGCUUCUUCAUUCAGGUGGUGGAGAACGUGGUCCAGACCCCUGGUUUCACCGUGGUCCCGGAGCUGGUGAAGGGUCUGGAGGACAAACACCACCAACUCUUCCUGGCCAAUUCUCUCACAUCGGUCCCACUAAUGCAGAAGCUUCUGGAUCAGGGUAUCUAUGCCUCCAGCUCCUUCCCUCCACCUAACCCCAUCCUGCCCAGAGAACUGUGGGAUGAGGGCUGGCUGGAGAAACCAGGGGACUUCCUGCAGAGGCAGUAUGGCCCCCUGCUGGCCACUCGUUGGAGAGACACCAAAGAGAUGGGCUGUCUGUCGACUAAUGCAGCUCCUGGUGAACCAGACACUGUUUGGAGGAGGUCUCAGACCAAAGUAGGGGGGCUGGACCCCAUCGACCGGCCCAUGGCCUUCCGUCUGCUGCAGGAGAACAUGCGGGGAGUCGACAUCUGUAAACAGCUGCUAGCUUGCAACCCGCUGGGAGGAAUCCCCCAGGACCGACACUGGCGCAGCCUCUUUUGGUUUCUGGUCAACUUGAGCAUCGUCAAUGCCUUCAUUCUGCUGCGGGAGAGUCGCAAAGAGAACCCCCCCGCCUGGGUGCAGGACGGCCUGUUUACUCAGGUCAACUUCCGCAAGCGACUGGGAAACCAGCUCGCCAAGUGUGCCCAGAAGUACUUUGAGACCGUGGAGAUCGCCAGCGCCCGCAGGACGAAGACGGAGGUGACCGAGGCCCUCAAACAGAGACACAGGAUGACGAAGAUCAGCUCCAUCUCAAAGAGAUGCAGGAACUGCAACAAGAACAGUGUCCGCCGCGAGAGCGUCUACGGCUGCGUCACCUGUAAAGUCAACCUGUGCAAACAGCCCAGCUGCUUCUGGGAAUAUCACGGCCUGUCACCUCUCAGCAAAGGAUCGACCAAAGUUGGAUUUCUGAAGGACACAAUAAGCGGCGACGUGGACGUGGACGAGAUCGAGGGCAGCGUGGACGAGGCCAUGGGUCCGGUGGAGGACACAGACUUUUCAGAUGAGGAUAAAAUGGAUGAACUCGAUGCCACUGAAGAAGGUGAAGCUUUUAAGGAAGAAUGGAACAAAGAUUUGAAACGUCCAGCGUCUCCUUCAGCCUCCACACCAAACGACCAGUCGGCCUCUAGAGAUCGAGAGGAUGUUCUCACCGCCCGCCAGCUGAGGAUCGGCAUGGUGGCUCUGUGUGGAGGACUCCGCCAGGCCUCUCGGGUCUUCUCCACCGACACCCGGUUAAUCCGGUCUUGGGUGAAGGAGGCCCGGAAGCGUCUGCCACUAACUGAGCGGCAGCAGAAGAUCGAUGGCGAGGAGCGCCUGGUGGCCUGGGUCCUGUCCAUGCGUGAGCAGCAACUCCCCAUCACAGAGAGCGACCUCUUCCACAAAGCCUCCACCCUCAAGAAGAAGGGAGGCUUUGCCGACUCGUUCCGGAUCUCCUACGACUGGGCAGUGAGCUUCUUGCUGCGGCACCAAUUGGGAGUCCGGGCCAUCGGCAGGUCCACUUCCCUGCCUCCUUCCUUGGAGCCCAAGGCCAGGUCUUUCAGGGAGUUCACCCAGAAUGUCUUCCGGGUCCACGGGCUGACAGAAACCUCGGUAGCGGCGAUGGACGAGCUGUGUCUCUUUCUGGAUUUGAAGCUCGCUCAGGACAAGUCCCGGCGCUGGGAAGCCCUGGAGCUCUCUGGGGCGGUGCCUCUGGUCUCGGUGUUCCUGGCGGCGCUGGCCGAUGGAACCGUGCUGCCCUCCUUGGUUCUGGCCAACUUGGAUCUGGAGCAGAAAGCCCGGCCAGAGUUCAUGCUCCUGGACACUGCUCCAGACCUCCUGUCGGCUGAGGAGGUCUUAGACCUCUGGACUAAACAGGUCUGGCUGCCGCAUGUGUCUGGUCCGGCACAGCCCAGGAAAUCCAUGCUGGUCUUGGACAGACACCGGGAACAUAUAGGAGACCGGUUCCUGGCAUCUAUCAGUGGGUCGGGGACGCUUCCGGCCGUGAUCCCUGGAGGAUGCUCGGUCCUUCUUCAGCCUCUGGAGGUCUGUGUGAAGCCGGUGCUGCAGCGCUUCCUGGUUUCACGCUGGUCCAGGUUUACCAGACAAAACCCAAAGGAGCUGGAGGAGGUGUCGCCCCAGAAACUCCUAACCAACGUAGCCCAGCUCCUGGUGGACUGGCUGGAGGAGGCCCUGGGCCACCUGAACAGAGUCCCACAGCUCUGGAGGAAGUCUUUUAACCUGACUGAACUCCUGAGGACCAACGAGGGGGACGUUCAGUCGGACCUCGUAAAGACGCUGACAGAGGUCCUGAUGGACACCGAAGCUCUAAAUCUAGAUUCAUCCGAUCUCCUGGAACUGGAGGACGAAGACAACGAAGUCGACAUACAAAAAGGAGGACAAAAACCAGAGACAUUAGAGGACAAACUAGAACCAGAGACAUCAGAGGAGGGACAGGAGGACAACAAUAAUAAAGAGGAGAAGACAGGUGACAGACAGGAGAUGAAGGAGGAAGCUAGAACAGAGGACACAGAGAAAGACAGGAAAGGAGACAGGAUGGACAGUGAGGAGAAAGAGGAAGUGAAGACACUAGAGGAGGAGGAGAAAGAGACAGAGACAGAGGAGGACAUCAGGGAGAGACGUGAGACCAGGAUUGUGAUUGGAGAAGACGUCGGGGACGAGUGGAAGAUAGCGACAAAGAGUCGAACCGACGGAGAUGAAGACGACCGGAUGGACGAGAGCUGAGUGGACAGUGUGGAUGUUGUCCCUGUGGACAGUUCAGGGGACAACGUCCAGGUUCAGCUCCAGGA